AUGUCCAUACGUUCUAGAGUCCCCUUCCAACUCUCGGGCCGCUAUGCUGAGAACAAUCGCUGGGAGAUCUUGGCCGGCCCCGGUGACUCGCGCGUAACAGGAGAGCAGGUCAUCAAAGACGAAGACAUAGUCAGUAAAUGGACUGACAGGGUCGUGCUAAUUACCGGCGUCUCAUCUGGCAUAGGUGUCGAGACAGCUCGCGUAUUAGCAUCAACCGGAGCCACUGUAUUCGGCACAGCUCGCAAUCUCACAAAGGCAAAGGAAGCCCUGGGACCCUCGCUCCUCGCCAGCGGCCGUGUGAAGCUUCUAUUCAUGGAUCAAACCGACCUGUCUAGUGUCCGUGCCUGCGCUAGAGAAUUUCUCAAUCAAAGCUCUACGCUGAAUAUUCUUAUCAACAACGCGGGUGUAAUGAAUACCCCCGAAGGCCAUACCAAGGAUGGAUUCGAGCUGCAGUUUGGAACGAAUCACUUAUCGCAUUUCCUCCUCUUUUGUCUUCUCAAAAAUACUUUAUUGGAAACUGCCCAUUCCACGAAAGUUGAUUCCCGUGUCGUCAACGUUUCCUCGGCAGGACAUCGAUACAGCCCUGUCAACUUUGACAACAUCAAUUUUGACGGAAACUACAACGGCUGGCUUGCAUAUGGGUCUAGCAAAACGGCCAAUAUCUACAUGGCCACGCAGAUCGAGCGCUUAUACAGUGCACGGGGUCUUCAUGGGUUCAGUGUACAUCCCGGUGCGUUUGUGAGUCCAAAUCUUCAGAGGCAUUCACAGGAGGAGAUGAAGGCUGUUAUGGAAGACAAGCGGGCGCAGGUAUAUCUGUCAAGUAUGGAGCAGGCUUGUGCUACGACUGUAUAUGGUGCGGUGUCGAGCGAGUUGAGUGGAAAGGGUGGGUUAUAUUUGGAGGGGGCGUCUGUUGCUAUUCAUUCGGCGCCUUCUGAUGGAGAUGCGCUUGAGUAUGGAUUUAGUAGUUGGGCUUUUGAUGAAGCGAAGGAAAAGGAGUUGUGGAAGCUGAGCGAGUCGUUGGUUGGGGUUAAGUGUGACUAG